AUGAUUUAAAAUAAUAUUACAACUAUAGAUGGAUCACAAUAUGAAGGUGGAGGAUAGAUGCUAAGAUCAGCUUUAGCCUUAUCUGUCAUUUUAUAAAAGGAAUUUCAAAUAAUAAAUAUUAGAUCAAAUAGACCUAAUCCAGGAAUUAAUAAUUAGCUCUUAAGCCAAAUACAAUUGAUUUCCAGCUUUGUUAAAUCAGAACUUCAGGGUGUUGAAUUAGGGUCAAAAUAAAUGAAAUUUAAACCCUUAGACAAAUUUGUACCCCAAGACCUUUUUUGUAAAGCAACCACAGCCCAAAGCAUUACAUUAAUAUUGCAAUCCCUAUUACCAAUAUCCCUCAAUUCAUAGAAACCAAUCCAAUUAUCUAUCUAAGGAGGUACAUACUUGAAUCAUAGUCCAACUGUGUUUGCUUGGACUAAUAUUUUUUUAAAACUUAUUUAAGAAAUGGGAAUUCAAAUGAAAUUAGAGGUUAUUAAAGAAGGGUAUUACCCUUAAGGUGGAGGUGAAGUGAAGGCUCUCAUUUAACCAAUCAAUUAAAAACUCAAAAAUUAUGUAAACAUCCAGUAUUCAAAGAUUAAUUAAUUAACAUGCACUUAUCUUAUUCCUUCUGUUUCUGCAAUCAUGCAAUUUGAUAAUUAGAUUGUCAAUAAUUUAAAGGAGCACUCUGAAAAUAAUGUUUUGCCCAUUAAAAGUAAUGUAAAAGUGGUUAAUUCAAAGAAAUUCAAAAAAUGUUAUGGAGUAUCUCUACUCUGCCAUUCCUCUAAAAAUUCUUAUGAUUUUACAGUUAUUAAUGACUAGGAUAAAAGCAUAGAAGAAACAGUUCAUCAAGUCAUUAACCAAGCAAAAUAGUACUUACAAAAUUAAACUUCCUUUGAUGAACAUCACUAAGAUUAGCUCAUAUUAUUGAUGGCCUUAGCAGAAGGAAAAUCUGAAAUUUUGAUUGGCAAACCAUCAUUACACACCUAUUCUCUUAUAUAUGUGAUUGGAUUAUUCUUACCUGAAUGCAAAAUAGAAUUAAGAGAAACUGAUAGCAAAGAAUAAUAUCUGUUGUCUGUUUAAGGAAUUGGAUAUGUAUUUUGA